AUGACAGAUCACACGAGGUUCUCGGUGCGAGUAGACGACGCCGACGAGGCGUCCCCUCGGUAUGGUGGCGCCGAAGACUCUCCGAGUCAUCUGCGUCGAUCCGAGGAUAUCAAAACCACCCGGCCUCACGGAACCGCCUCCGCCGGCGCCGUCGACGACAAAUCGGGAACCCGCACGACGACGAAACAAGCGCCCCUCCCCUUUACGGCCGCCGACCUGUCCGAAGCCCAGAAGACUUUGCGCCAAGCGUUCCCUCAUGUAUACAACUCGUCACGCGCCCCAUCCACCCGGUCAUCUUCAAGCUCAUUGCAGGCACUGAAUGAAGACACCGUGGUGGAUGCCCGCUCUCAGCUGGGCAACCUGGGACGUGCCUCGCGACGGUCUUCGCGACACUCCGACCAUCAAGCCGAAUAUCCUGUCUACCCUGAUCAAUCCUAUGCGUCGUUGCAAUCGCAGGUUCAUCCAACCUGGGGUCUACCACCGCAUCUGCGGUCGCACAGCACCCACUCCACGCCUGCUUCUGCAGAACCCCUGCCGCGGUUCUCUCGUACCGCCCGCACGGCGGGCAAUACCCCAGUAUCUAGCCCCGGGCUCUUUUCAAUGAGAAGUUCGCGCUCGACGCCGCUUGGUUCCGACGAGGAGGGUCCCUUGAGCAGUCCUUACCUGCACCCGUCGCAUCUGCAGCCGCCCAAGGAGACCCACACGGCCGAGGUCGACCGUGAUUCGAAGACGGGAAACAAGCUCAUCAACCAGUAUGAGAUUCUGGAAGAGCUCGGUCGCGGUGAACAUGGCAAGGUCAAGUUAGGUCAGCAUGUGACCACGAAACAAAAAGUCGCGAUCAAAAUCGUGCAGCGUUACUCCAAACGCCGCCGCUUAGGGAAGCUGGGCAACCCUGAAGACAAGGUGAAGAAAGAGGUGGCCAUUCUCAAGAAGGCACGGCAUCCGAAUGUGGUCAGCCUGUUAGAAGUCAUCGAUGACCCCAAUCGACAAAAAGUCUAUAUCGUCUUGGAAUACGUGGAAAAUGGAGAGAUUGUGUGGCGCAAAAAGGGCCUGCGUGAGAUCGUCCACGUCGACAAACUCCGACUCGAACGCGAGCAAAGUGGCGUACCCGACACGCCCGCAUUUAUCGAAGAAAGCCAACAGUUCAUUCGAACAGCGCAGCACCUUCGUCGUCAACGUGAAAAGGCGCGAGAGAAGAUCGAGGCACAGGCCGCUGAUGCCCAACAAGGACCAAUCCCCGCAUGGAGUCUUGAGCACGGCGCCGAGUCCUCAGACGAGGAAGACGACGGCCUUGUCCUCACCGUGAAACGGACCAGUUCUCGGACAAAUCGUUCAAAUGCACCGGCGGACGACCACGCACCCAAUCAUCUCUCCACACAGGACGCUCUGGCAGCGGUCGAGGGGAGCAUGUACGGCGCCUACAUGGACUACCCCUUUGAGCGACGCUUCAGCACGGCAUCGAGCAGCCUGGGAUACCCGCCGUCGGAACCGGAGUGGUCUGCCGAUGCGGAUGACUUGGCAUACGUUCCCUGUUUGACCAUCACAGAGGCGCGCAACGCUUUCCGCGACUCGGUCCUUGGACUGGAGUACCUUCAUUAUCAAGGCAUCAUCCACCGAGACAUCAAGCCGGCCAACCUCUUGGUCACCGCUAGCCACCGUGUGAAGAUUUCCGACUUCGGCGUCUCUUACCUCGGGCGCCCGAUGCGGGACGAGGAAGAAGAACAGGUAGGGGAAACCGAUGCCACGGAGCUCGACGACGCGCGUGAGUUGUCCAAAACCGUGGGAACUCCCGCUUUCUACGCCCCAGAGCUUUGCUACACAGGCGACGAUUACAUUGACAACAUUGGAGCGGUGCCCAAGAUCACCGGCGCCAUCGAUGUCUGGUCUUUGGGGGUUACUUUGUACGGAAUGAUCUUCGGCCGUCUACCAUUCCUUUCCGAUGAUGAGUACAGCAUGUUCCAAACAAUUGUGAAGAAAGAGGUCUUUGUCCCCAGAAAGCGACUUGUGCCCGUCAUGGAUGAGAACUUCUCUAGCUCAAGUCACCGGUAUUACCGCCAAGAUAAUGAACUCACAUACGAGGACAUUGACGAUGAGCUGUACGAUCUUCUGCAUCGCCUCUUGACCAAGGACCCUGUCAAGCGGAUCACUCUCAAGGAGAUCAAACAUCAUCCGUGGACCCUGAAAGGGCUGCCUAACCCGCAGGCCUGGGUCGAGGAGACCGAUCCCGGGUACCAGAGUAAGGGCAAGAGGAUCGAGGUCUCGAAUGAGGAGGUUACCAGUGCCGUCAGCAAAGUUCCUUUCAUUCAGCGGGUGCGAUCGAAUGUGGCGAAGUGGUUCUCUGGCCGGUCCAAGGACAAAGACGGUCACAAACAUGGAUCCAACCACUCCUCCGAUACCCUGUCGUCUAUGUCAAGCACAAGCACCUUUGGAAAGACCUCACGAGACAGCCGUCGGUCCAGUCUGCGUGGGGAUGAGGAAAUGUAUCGGUCGUGCAAGCAGAUUUCCCAUGGGGAACACCCUCUUGCCCAAAGCGUGACGGCCAGUCCCGUGGACGACAGUGCACCGUGGGCUUCCUAUUUUGAUACCCUGCCCGGCGCAGUGCAGAAGCCCACGUCUCCGGGCGCAGCCACAUUACCGACCAGACCGGGCCCUCCGCGUCGUGCAAAGUCAUCCAUGUCCACUGCCGAAUCGACCAAGACCGUCAGACAAUCCACAGCAGACUCUACAUACUCUCAUUCCCGAAACAGCACCCAUUCAAUUAUCGAGGCCCUUGGCACCACUAAUUUUGGAAGUCUGCUCAGCGGCGCCAGCCGGCGUGUCUUCACAGGAAGUCGCAGUCGGCGGGGUUCCCUUUCUGGCGAUGCGGCCUGCGUACCUGCUCUGGACCAGGAAUGCCAUGCCGAACCGAGUCUCGCUUUGAGCAAUGCAUCGGCAGUCGGCCAAGUGCGAACGACUGGUCUUUGGCAUACAUCCUCUGAUUCCCCAACCGAGGACUCCGCGUUGGCACCUGCCCAUCGACGGAAUCGUUCUCAGCAAUUAGUGGGCAAGACGUCAGCGGAGUCCUUUCACCUGACUCGGAACGCGCUCAUUCGCCGCCGGCGAAGCGAUGCUCACGCGGGCUUAGACGAGGCCCAUUCUUUGGCCCACCGAGUAGACUAUGCAAUGUACUCGACCGAGUCUCUGGCGCUUCCUCCCGUGGCUCCUCUCGCUCACGUGGCCGUCCCGGAACCUGUCUCCUCUGCUGAUGCUGCAAACACCCUUAUGAACAAAUCAAUCCCCUCUGCGGGGACAAUUUCGUCCUCCUCGGCCGAUGACUUUACUAGCGGAAUGUCCCAAAGCGCGUCUCAUCCAAGCAUUCCAUCUGUCGUGUCAGGCGCGUCCUCCCUCUCCGGUGACGGGGUGUAUGCGGGUACUCGGGAGAAGGAAGGGGAGGCCACCAGCCCCAUCCCAUCGAUCCUGCGCACCGGCGAGACCGUCAAAGCUCGCCCGCUCGGCUCUCCGCGUCCCGAAGAGGAUGAGUCUAGGUACUACUGUGACGAUGAGAACGAGACCGAUUCCGAUGACGAGGUUCUCAUUAUUGGUCGCAAGAAACCAAUUUCCAAACCGAUCGUCCCCCCGGAUUCCAGAUCCUAA